CUGAGAUCAGUGUGAUCACAUUUCAUCCAUCACAGACAAACACAACACAUAUGUUCUUGUUCCUAUAUCAUUCUUUGAAGGUGCAAACAGAGAGCAGGGAGUUUGUGAGUUACAAACCCAUAAUGUCUAUUGCAGAUAUACGCGUUUGAGUCAGUCACUGUUCAGUUCGCUCACACACGCUCAUUUCUCUGACGUUUUGCCCAGCACGCUCACACACACUCUGCUGGCGUGAUCAGAAAGGCUGCUCGCUACACAACCAAAGCAGCAGCAGCAGCAGCAGCAGAAGAAGACACAAAAUUGCAUCGCAGUACUCUCGGAGAUUUCAGCUCACGAGUCACGGGAAACUUGAUAUAACGAACUCUUCACAAACAGGAAGAACUUCAAAGAUCUGAUUACGUGAAAUUUAAGACAUUAUGAUAGAAAAAUAUCACUACUGUAUAAAAGUGUAAUAUUCAAAGCAGUCGUAAUACUCAUAGUAACAUUAAUAUAAUAUUAAAUUGUUAUAUUUUUAUCUGUAAGCAAUAUCACAUAAGCAGGUGUAUUGAAUAUCAGUAUGUUUUGAUUCAGCCAUGGCAGCCUUUUGCCUCAGGUAAUCAGAUUGUUUUCAUUUAAUGUUGUCAUUAAUAAUGUAAAGCUCUGUUCUGCAUCUUUUUAUUUUUUACCAAAAAUUAUAUAUAUAUAUAUAUAAAAUAUACAAAAUAUAUUAGUUGAAAAGUAUUAUAUUUUCAUUUGGUUAAAGCUGUACACACAGUAUGUAUUUGAUCAUAACAUUUAAUUAAAACAUUUAACAUGGAAUCCAGAAAACAGAAAAGGCAUAAUUUGUAUCUAUAAGACUUUAUGCAGUUCUUUAAGACAAGUCAUUUUCUGUGAAAUUUCAUCAAAAAUCUGAGUUUUUUUAAAUUUGUUGCCUAAGUAUCAAGUUGGUAUCGAUACCUAAGCCAAAAUUUUGGUAUCGGAGCAACCCAAAUUGUAAGUAGUGGUUGACUGAUAUGUUUUUAUUUCUAAUGUGUGAUGAUAAAAUUAAAUGAGCUAUUAUAUUAUGCUAUUUAAUUGAAGUGCACAAAUAUAUAUAUUUGAAAGCAUUAUUUUUUAUUGUACAUUUUAAUAAACAAGUCUGUUGGUAGCAACUACUUCGGUACUUCUGCGAAUGUUUUCCGAACAUGGUUUUCGGCUGAUCCUGAUCUCAAAAUGGCCUAAUAUUGGCCAAUACAGGGGUCUGUCACUAAUUGGAUGUGUUGAAUGGCCCCUGACUGCAGCAUUGAUAUAAGGAGAUUAUGAUCGAAGAGAGCAGCUGCGGGCAGGUGAAGGGGAAGUUCUCACUGCUGAGGCUGGAAGAGUGGACUCUAUAAUAAUAAUAAUUUAUAAUUUUAUCACACAUUAUACAUUUGCACAUAUACAGUGAAAUUCCUUUUUUUCACAUAUCCCAGCUAAGCUGGGGUCAGAGUGCAGGGUCUAGGACUUGCACGCAUUUUGCUUGGGUUAUUAGCUCACAGGAUUACCAGUCACAAGUUACACUGGGUCUUCUUGGAAAAACUGAAUAUUCCCAUCGUUAGAGUUGUGCGAUUUUUGUUGCUGCUGAAAAGUGUCCACAACUUCCAAUUCUGGUGGUCAAAAUGUUUUGAUUUUGACAAUGAUCAGUUUAUUGAAUCAAAUCAUGACUAAUUGUUUGGUGACAUAACUUGUAUUAGUUAGUUGUAUUAGUGGAUAACCAAAUGACUAGAGGGUUUUUUGGGUGAAUGUUGAAAAUUGUGACUUUGUUAGACUGAGUAUGUCAUUAUGAAUUUACAAUUCAAAAUUGAGUGUGUAAUUUUUUUCAAGAUUAAAAUACCUCCCAGCUUAAUCUGUAUCUGUAAGUAAGUCAUUUCUAGGUUGAUUCCCUCAAAGAGUGAACACUGUGGCUCUGUGAGACUAUCAAACAUCUGUUUGUUUGAGGGUCCCGUCCAGCCUGACACAGCAACAUUGGCACAACCAUUGAUUUUAGUUUGGGGCAGGACUGUCUAUUUGUAGACCAAUGGCAGAUGUGUUUGGGAAAAUCGUUUGAAAACAAUUACUGGUUUUGAAAUUCUAUUAAUGCUAGAGAGUACACACCACCUUUAAGGUCACAAUUAAUUGGCCAUCUCAAGACCCAGGUAUACUUUUACAUUUUUGUGCGUUCCGGAUCGGAUCACGCCUGGUCGACAGCACUGCCUUUCAAAGUAUAUGAACUUAUUCGACACAUGCACACUACGACUGCUUUGCAUAUACUCUUUUAGUACAGUCAAUGGCAGGCGCAUUCACGAACAGACGAGGUCUGUCAGUGUUUUGAGAAAAUCUGUGCCGUACAUGAACUGUGCUGAUGAUGGAAUUUUCAUCACACAUACAGUGUGCGGAGCGAUCAGCAGCAUGGACAACCAAAGUGUACUUUUUCAGUGGGACAUUUAUUUAGACCUCAUGAAAUUAAAAUGUCACAUUUUGUAUUUUAUUUUUUUCUCCCCAAUUUGGAAUGCCCAAUUCCCAAUGCGCUCUAAGUCCUCAUGGUGGCGUAGUGACUAACCUCAGUCCGGGUGGUGGAGGACGAAUGUCAGUUGCCUCCGUGUCUGAGACGUUAAUCCGCGCAUCUUAUCACGUGGCUUGAGCGCGUUACCUUGGAGACCUAGUGCGUGUGGAGGCUUCACGCUAUUCUCAGCGGCAUCCACACACAACUCACCAUGCGCCCCACUGAAAGCGAGAACUACAUUAUAGCGACCACGAGGAGUUUAACCCAACGUGACUACCUACCCUAGCAACCGGCCCAAUUGGUUGUUUAGGAAGCCUGACUGGAGUCACUCAGCACGCCCUGGAUUCGAACUUGCGACUCCAGGUCCUGAGGAGAGAACCCUACGGCUGCUACCAUGCCACUAUUUGGUAAAUCUCACAAGAACCCCACAGAUAUUGUGAAAACUCUGAAGGACAACCUGUCCAUCCUGGUGAAGCAGGACAAGAAGACCGAUAAGGCUUCAGAGGAGGUGUCAAAAUGUCUGGUGGCAAUGAAGGAAAUCCUGUACGGCACAAACGAUAAGGAGCCGCAUACAGAGACGGUGGCCCAGCUGGCACAAGAGCUCUACAACAGCGGACUCCUCAUCUCACUGGUGGAAAACCUGCAGGUUAUCGAUUUUGAGGGUAAGAAAGAUGUAUGUCAGAUAUUCAACAACAUCCUGCGCAGGCAGAUUGGGACCCGCAGCCCAACAGUGGAAUAUUUCUGCUCUCAUCAGGAAGUCCUCUUUAUCUUACUCAAAGGGUAUGAGACUCCUCAGGUGGCAUUGAAUUGUGGGAUUAUGCUGCGCGAGUGUAUCCGGCACGAACCUCUCGCCAAAAUCGUCCUCCACUCAGAACACUUCAAAGAUUUCUUCAGCUAUGUGGAGAUGUCCACAUUUGACAUCGCCUCCGAUGCUUUCGCCACCUUUAAAGACCUGCUCACGAGACACAAGGUUCUGGUGUCUGAAUUUUUAGAACAGAAUUACGAUGAGGUGUUUGAUAACUACGAGAAACUCCUUCACUCUGAGAACUACGUGACCAAGAGGCAGUCAUUGAAGCUGUUGGGCGAGCUGCUUCUGGACAGACACAACUUCACAGUGAUGACACGGUACAUCAGCAAACCAGAUAACCUGAAGCUCAUGAUGAACCUGCUGAGAGACAAGAGUCCCAACAUUCAGUUUGAGGCUUUCCAUGUCUUUAAGGUGUUUGUGGCCAAUCCAAAUAAAACCCAGCCCAUCGUAGACAUUCUUUUGAAGAACCAGACAAAACUCAUCGACUUCCUUAGCAACUUUCAGAAGGAUCGCACAGACGACGAGCAGUUUAACGAUGAAAAGACGUACCUCGUCAAACAAAUACGAGACCUAAAGAAGCCAGCUUCCUAAACUUUAGCAUUGCAGUAUUAGAAAAUAAAGCAAAAAAAAGAAAAAUCACAAAAAAAUAUAUUAACAAUAAUACUU